AUGGAAAUCCACCAGCGUCCUCACACCUCCCCUCCUCCCUCCCUACAACAAACCUCCCCAUGUCCCUCUCCUUCCCCCCCCCUCCCAGCAGGCACGGCAGGGGAGCAGGGGGCGGAGGAGGAGUGGCGGAGGGAGAGGGUGCGCGAGAUGGCGGUGAUGGCGGACCUCCGAGGGGACGCCCCUGCCACCACCAUCCCCCUCACCAUCCAGGCACGUGGAUCUGGCAUGAAUGGUGGUAUGUAUGUUGGGGCACGUGGCACACUGCAUGACCCACGCAAGUACUUUGAUGCCGCCACGCAGAGGGACACAGCGCACACACAGCAGCAAGCGGGCCAGGCAGCUGCGCCAGAUGCAAUGGACCUGGACGGCCCUGCACCCGCCGCUGACUCAGCGCUAGCUGGCACACGCACCACACUGGCAGCCUCGCUGGCAGCGUUUCGGAGUGAGCUGGCAGCGGGGGGGAGCGGAGGCAGCAGCAGGGAGCACGGAAAACGAGGUGGGGGAGGCAAGGGAGGUGCAGCGGCAGUGAUGGCGCCUGCUGCUGCUGCUCAGGAGGUGGAGGAGUUUGGGCGGCAGGUGGCGGUGGCGAGGCGGGGAGUGGGGGAGGCGGCGGAGCAGUCGCUGCUGAAGCAGCUGCCCGACGCCCUGCGCACCUCCCUGCUCGCGCACGGAGAGGCAGUGAAGGAGCUGCUCUCACACUUCUGGGCCACCUACCCCCUCACCAGCGCUGCCCUGCUCGCCAAGGUACGCACAGAACCCCUCCCCACCCCACCGCACCAACCCUUGUGCCCGCCUCAUCCCGUCGUCCAUGCUGCUCCCUCUGCCUCCUUUCACCUCAUCGCGUCACCUCCCAUGCGCCUCACCUGUCAUGCACCCCACCUCCCCUCUCCCACCCACCAUGGUGGCCAGGCGGAGCGGCACAAGGAGGGCAUCAGCAAGCUGUACGACCGCCUGCAGGUCACCCACGCCCUCCCUCUCUGCUUCUGUUGCUGCUUUCCCCUCUUCCCUCUGUUGCUCUGCUGCUUCUUCUUGCCCCCUCUUCUUCCCCUUUCCUCGUCACCCAACACCCAUCAACGCUUUUCUGUGUUCCCCCUCAUCUUCUCCCACCCUCCGAGUGCAGAAACUGAAGGAUGGAGCAGAUGGGGCCAACCGCCACCUGCUUUCACAGCUGCUACAGCCCUUCUUCCAGGUGCACUUGCUGCUACAGCCCUUCUUCCAGGUGCACUUGGUGCUACAGCCCUUCUUCCAGGUGCACUUGCUGCUACAGCCCUUCUUCCAGGUGCACUUGCUGCUACAUCCCUUCUUCCAGGUGCACUUGCUGCUACAGCCCUUCUUCCAGGUGCACUUGCUGCUACAGCCCUUCUUCCAGGUGCACUUGCUGCUACAGCCCUUCUUCCAGGUGCACUUGCUGCUACAGCCAUUCUUCCAGGUGCACUUGCUGCUACAGCCCUUCUUCCAGGUGCACUUGCUGCUACAGCCAUUCUUCCAGGUGCACUUGCUGCUACAGCCCUUCUUCCAGGUGCACUUGCUGCUACAGCCCUUCUUCCAGGUGCACUUGCUGCUACAGCCCUUCUUCCAGGUGCACUUGCUGCUACAGCCCUUCUUCCAGGUGCACUUGCUGCUACAGCCCUUCUUCCAGGUGCACUUGCUGCUACAGCCCUUCUUCCAGGUGCACUUGCUGCUACAGCCCUUCUUCCAGGUGCACUUGCUGCUACAGCCCUUCUUCCAGGUGCACUUGCUGCUACAGCCCUUCUUCCAGGUGCACUUGCUGCUACAGCCCUUCUUCCAGGUGCACUUGCUGCUGCAGCCCUUCUUCCAGAGCGAGCAGCAUUGGCGCACUUGGAAGGUCAGGCGGGCAGACGGAGCACGUGUGUGGCAAGAGGAGAGGCACUUUUUAUACAACAUAGCGCUGUGGACACUGGGUUGCAGGGGAGAGGCACCACUCGAGCUGCCUGCGUGCUCUGCACACCUCGCACCUCACUCCUCUUCCCUCUCCCCUUCAUCCCUUUCCCUCCCUUCCCUCCCACCACGACCGCCUCGCCCUGUGGGUGGCCCCACCCCAUCCCACCCCACGGUGGGCACCAGAGUCUGGAUGCAGCGUUGGCGCACUUUGAGGCCGACAAUGCCAGGCGCCAGCAGAGGCGGCAGCGCGUGGGGGCUGCAGCAGGCCGGGCGCCCAUGGCAGUGGGGCAGAGAUAG